AGAGAGAGAGAGAGAGGAGAAAGUGUAGAAAGAGGAGGAGAAAGUGGAGGGAGAGAGGGAUAGAUGCAGGAGGUGAAGGACUGCUCUGCUCUGCUCUGCACUGAGGGAUUUUUACAGGAUUUCUGUCUCUUCGCCUUUUAUCUCCACUUUGUUCCUCCACUCGUCUGCUGCUGAUGGUUCUUCUCCUGAGAGCGGAGAGAGAGAUGGACAGACGGAGAGACUCACUGCACUUCUUCCUCCUGCUGCUACUCCUACAUAUGUCCACCUUCACACAUGCAGCCGAUCCUGUGGACAUCUUAAAGAUCCUUGAGCUCUCAGACACGAUGGAGGGCGUGUCUUUGGAGGCGGGGUUUUGUACCAACAGGCAGGGCAAAGAGGAAGUGGAUCUUGCCUAUAAGAUCGAAAAGAAAAUACAGAUCAGUGUUCCAACACAACAACUAUUUCCUGACUCCGGGUUUCCGGUGGACUUCUCGGUGAUGGCGACGGUGCGAGCUCAGCGCGGUGCUCAGUGUUUCCUGUUGAGUGUGUACGACAGUGAGGGAGUGCAGCAGCUGGGACUGGAGCUUGGACGGUCUCCUGUCUUCCUGUAUGAAGAUCACGAGGGACAACCGAGCCCUGACCUUUACCCUGUCUUCAAAAAGGUCAAUGUAGCCGAUGGCAAGUGGCACAGGUUGGCAUACAGUGUGGAGGGGAAGAAGGUCACCCUCUACCUGGACUGUGAAAAAGUCACGACCCUUGACCUCCCCCGAGGUGAUGAGCCCAGAAUCAGCACUGAAGGAGUUACAGUGUUUGGAAGACGACUCCUAGAGGAGGAAGUGUUUGAGGGGGAGAUCCAGCAGUUGUUAAUAGUCCCAGAUGCCAGUGCAGCAGCAGAUUACUGUAAGAACUACAUCACUGACUGUGACUCCGCCCUCCCUUACACCAGCCUAUCACUGGACCCUGAAGAGGUUCCCAGAAAGCCGGCUGUUGAGGAAUAUGAUGACCUUUACAGUGACCUCUACAGUGACCUAUCAGUUUCCACAGUUACUGCUUCUCCCAACAUCACUGAGUUUGAGUUUGUAGAAUAUGAGGAUCUUGAUAAUCGGACAGAGUCGGUGCUGAGAGAUUAUGAGGAGUAUGAGGAAUACGAAGAAUAUGAGGAUCGCUAUGGACCAGCCAUCAGAUAUGAAGAUGAGCUCCUAAAUAGACAAACUUCUGCAGAACCACAGAAAGGAGAAAAGGAGAACCUGGCAUGUUUUUACAGAAGGACCUCAUGGCUUUCAGGCCCAGAGGGUUUACCUGGGGAACCUGGACCAAUGGGACCACCAGGACCAAGAGGAGAUCCAGGAGACCUGGGUCCUCCCGGUCGGCAAGGGCUCGCAGGUGCUGAUGGUAUUCAGGGACCUCCAGGGACAUUUUUGUUGUUACCGUUUCAGUCUGGAGGAGAUAAAAUGCCGGUGAUAUCAGCUCAAGAAGCUCAAGCUCAGGCAAUACUACAGCAGACCAAGAUGUCUCUGAAAGGACCCCCAGGACCAUUAGGACUUACAGGACGUCCAGGUCCUCUGGGGGCUUCAGGGGCAACAGGAAUAAAGGGGGAUGUCGGUCUGCCUGGUCCACCGGGUAUAAGAGGUUUUCCUGAUUCAGGACCAACCGGCAAACUGGGGAAAAGGGGACGUGAUGGAUCUGAUGGUGGUCGAGGUGAACCAGGAGACACUGGAGCCAAAGGUGACCGGGGCUUUGAUGGUUUACCUGGACUUCCUGGGAACCAAGGACACCGGGGAGAGCCUGGAAAACGAGGGCGAAUUGGACCACCAGGAGAAAUGGGAAUAAAGGGGUCAGAUGGUCAACCAGGUCCUAGAGGACAAGCAGGAGAGCCUGGUUUACAGGGAAUGCCUGGAUCCAGAGGACUUCCUGGACCCACAGGGCUCAUUGGAAUUCGGGGAGUUGAUGGAGUUCAGGGUCCAAAGGGAAAUCAGGGAUCCCCAGGUGAACCUGGAGCACCUGGACAACAGGGAAACCCAGGGUUCCUGGGAUUUCCCGGACCUCAGGGACUAAUCGGAUUACCAGGAGAAAAGGGACCUCCAGGAAAGAAAGGAAUGCAGGGGCUGCCAGGCACUGAUGGCCCUCAGUGAGGUCACCCAGGAAGAGAAGGACCACCGGGAGAGAAAGGACUGCCAGGUUUAGUAGGAGUUCAGGGUCCUGUUGGAUAUCCAGGACCCAGAGGAGUAAAGGGUGCUGAUGGUUUAAGGGGACUGAAAGGAAGUAAAGGAGAGAAGGGUGAAGAUGGAUUCCCAGGAGUGAAAGGAGAAAUGGGUGGAAAAGGAGAUGAUGGAGAUCCUGGACCCCUUGGUAUGCGUGGUGAAGAUGGUACAGAAGGUGUCAAGGGUCAGUCAGGACCAAUGGGAGACCCAGGAUCUGCAGGCACUGCUGGAGAAAAGGGUAAACUCGGUGUCCCCGGGUUGCCAGGUUACCCUGGACGACAGGGACCAAAGGGUGGAGACGGGUUCCCAGGACCUGUAGGGGUUGUUGGGGAGAAAGGACGAAAGGGUCCAGCGGGUCCUUCUGGAGCUGCAGGACAGAGAGGUCCCAAUGGUGCUCGUGGAGCACGAGGUGCCAGAGGAGCAACUGGAAAAUCAGGAGAAAAAGGUUCAGCAGGACAUGAUGGAUCUGGAGGACCAUUAGGAGAUAGAGGACCUCAAGGGCCACAGGGCCGUGUAGGAGAAAUCGGACCAAAGGGACCGAAUGGUCCUGCAGGUAAAGACGGGUUACCAGGUCACCCAGGCCAGCGUGGAGAACCGGGUUUUCAGGGAAAGACGGGACCCCCAGGACCUGGAGGUGUGGUGGGACCUCAGGGAAACACCGGAGAAACCGGACCAGUGGGAGAAAGAGGACACCCAGGAUCCGCAGGCCCACCCGGAGAGCAAGGCUUACCUGGUGUCGCUGGCAAAGAAGGAUCAAAGGGAGAUCCUGGUGGCACAGGAGCUGCAGGGAAGAGCGGCCCACCGGGGCUGAAGGGUUUCCGUGGUAGCCGUGGACCAGCCGGUUCUAUGGGGCCGACGGGACUGAAGGGAGGAGCAGGACCUGUCGGACCACCCGGACUUGUGGGUGCUACAGGUGAGAGAGGUCCUCCUGGUUUGGCAGGUGCGAUUGGUCAGCCUGGACGAACUGGAGAAGUUGGUGCUUCAGGACCAAUGGGAGAGAAAGGCGAGCCAGGAGAAAAGGGUCCGUUUGGCCAUGUGGGCCAGGAUGGAGAGCAGGGGCUUGUGGGCUUGCCAGGAGCUCCUGGUCCUCCAGGACCCCCAGGAGAGGAUGGAGAUAAGGGGGAAGUUGGAGGUCCAGGACAGAAAGGAAGUAAAGGUGAUAAAGGAGAACAUGGACCUCCAGGUCCAGUGGGAACUCAGGGCCCUGAGGGACAGCCGGGAACCCCGGGGGUGGAUGGGGAGCCUGGACCCCCAGGGCAACAAGGUAUGUACGGGCAGAAAGGAGACGAAGGAGCACGAGGCUUUAAGGGAGCUACUGGACCAGUGGGACUUCAGGGGAUGCCUGGACCUCCAGGAGAGAAGGGAGAGAGUGGACACACUGGACUCAUGGGUCCUCCAGGUCAGAUGGGCUCUCGGGGGCCCCUGGGGCUACCUGGUGGACAGGGUCCUCCUGGCAGACCUGGAGUUCAAGGCCAACCAGGAGCCGUGGGAGAGAAGGGAGAGGACGGUGAAUCAGGUGAUCCUGGAUCUGUAGGAUUGUCUGGAAGCACUGGAGAGAAAGGUGAUCAGGGGGAGAAAGGAGACACUGGAUCUCCUGGAGCUGCAGGACCUCCAGGUGCUCGUGGACCAGCAGGGGAGGAUGGAGCCAAGGGCAGCUUAGGUCCUAUCGGUCUUCCAGGAGACCCAGGAGCUCCUGGAGAGGCCGGUCCUGAUGGUAUCGAUGGAAUUGCUGGAUCUAAAGGAGACAAUGGAGAUUCUGGAAAAGCUGGACCCCCGGGAGCUUCUGGAGAGCCUGGUCCUCCUGGACGUCCAGGGAGGAGGGGUCAUUUAGGGCAACCAGGGAAAGUGGGGAAGCCUGGUCUGAAAGGAGACAAGGGUGCUCCAGGUUAUGAAGGAGCCCUGGGGAAGACCGGUCCAGUCGGAGCUCAGGGAAACCCUGGGAAAACAGGACCUCAGGGACUUCGAGGGAUCCCAGGACCACCGGGAGAGCAGGGUGUAAAUGGACCACUAGGUCAAACAGGACCUCCUGGACCGAUGGGUCCUGCUGGUCUGCCAGGACUAAAAGGGGAUCCUGGAAGGAAAGGAGAAAAGGGUCAUGGAGGUCUCAUUGGUCUGAUUGGUCCUCCUGGUGAAAUAGGAGAGAAAGGAGACCGUGGACUUCCUGGUAACCAGGGGAUACUGGGACCUAAAGGAGAUGAGGGUGCAGUUGGUCCUUUUGGCCCCAACGGACCACCUGGUCUUCCUGGACUGUCUGGGUCUAUAGGACAAAAAGGGUCUAAAGGCAAUCAGGGCCCCACUGGACAACGAGGAGAUCCUGGACCCAUUGGUUCUCCUGGUCCUCCAGGUCUUCCUGCAGGAGAUUAUGAUCAUUAUGCCAGAGGCAGGAAGCGACGACAUGACUUUCAGAUGGAGGAAGAGAAUGGAGGAGUGAUCGAUGGACAGAAGGAAGAGGAGGAGCAUAAGGAUGGGAUGCAGAGUGAUGGAACGGGUGAAGAGGAAAAGGAUAUGGAGGAUGUUUUUGGGUCUCUGGUCACCAUGAGGACGGAGGUGGAGGGUCUGCGCAUUCCAAAGGGAACCUACCACAGUCCAGCUCGAACCUGCAAGGAGCUCUGGAUGUGCCACACUGACUUACCUGAUGGGGUGUACUGGAUCGACCCAAAUCAGGGCUGCCACAGAGAUGCCUUCAAAGUGUUCUGUAAUUUCACAGCAGAGGGAGAGACAUGUCUGCAACCCCACAGCAAGCACCAGGCGGUAAAGCUCUCUGCAUGGAACAAGGAGAAACCUGGAACCUGGUACAGCAAGUUCAGAAAAGGAUCACAGUUCCAGUACGUGGAUGAGGAUGGAAACACGGUGCACGUGGUACAAAUGGGGUUUCUGAAGCUGUUGAGUGCGACUGCACAUCAGACCUUCACCUACCAGUGUCAGAACUCUGCUGCUUGGCUCGAACGUUCCACACUCUCCUACAAACAAGCUCUACGCUUUAGAGCCAGCAACGGAGACGAGCUCACACAUCAACACACACACUACAUCCACGCUAACUAUGACGGCUGCCAGACCCGGUCGGGUCAGGACCGCACCGAGCUCACCCUCGACUUCCCCAACACGGACACUCUGCCCAUCCUCGACGUCGCCGUGUCCGACUUCGGAAACUCGAAACAGAAAUUUGGAUUCUCCGUCGGUCCGGUGUGUUUCAACGGCUAGAGGGAGAGAGAGAGACUUAGACUGUACACACACACACGCACACACACACGCACACACACACACACACACACACUCUGUGUCAGGGUGUGUGUCCAUGCGGUCCACGCUGCCGCUUUUUGGUGCUUUUCUUCAUUUUUUUUUUUUUUUUUUAUUUUGUAUUUUUUAUUGUAGUGUGUCUUUAUUAUUAGUGUAUUGUAGUUGAUCAUGUGACCCUGUGAUCAUGUGACCUCAUAAAUGUAUGAAUCGAUUUGUUGACCAAACAGCUGGUGCAGUUACUCUUCUCUACACACACACACACACACACACACACACACACACACACACACACACAGAGCCGUGUUUGAAUGCCGUGGUUGUUACUGUAUAAGUUGAUUGUGUUAUGUUUUUAUGUGAAUGUUGUGUAACUGCGGUGCUACAUGUUGUUGUGUUUACGUGACACGUAUUCUGCAGGAGACUCGGACGUGUUCCAGAUGGACGUGGUGUUGUGAUGUUAAUAUGGAUUUUUAUUUGUAUUUUUUGGAAAUUAUUUUAUUUUAUCGAUUAUAACGACAUCAUCUGCAAGCACACGCCCUAAUAAACCUUUAUUACAAA